AUGGCGGCUGUGCGCGCUCAGAAGGCCCAGGACAUUGAAGAGGAAUGCAACAGCACACUGCGCUCACAAUCCAAGGAGAUGGAAGCUCUUCUUGAGACUCAGGAGAUCAUCAUCUCUCCAGUGCUUCAUAACAUGAUGGUGCACCGAAGAACAUCUUCAGAGAUUGAGCUCGCAAUGGCGAAUUACUUCGACGCUACCACGGAGGCCCUAGAGAUGUGCAGGCAGCUCCUCCAGAAUAUCAAAGACGCCCAAAGCAACUACCAAUCCAUGGACAGCUUCCUCGCUAUCAUCUCAGCUUCCCAUGCACUUGACUUCCCUUUCACAAGCAACAACCCUUUCUGCACCACAACACGAAGCAACUUGAGGCCGAUCCACGACAAGUACUCCUGCAUACUUCAGAGCUUCAGAUCGAGCCACAGGAGAGUAGGGAGGAAGCUCAAGAUGGUGAAGGCCGUCAAGAAGCUCUCGCGUGCCUUGGUCGUCAUGGCGGGCGGAGCGGCUGCUGUGGCUGCCUUCGGCACUGGGGCGCACCUGCUGUUCUUCGGUCUCCUCCUCAUCGGGACGGCGACCACGGGGGCGCUCAAGACGUGGCUCGCGGCGAGGGCUAGUACAAAGAAGCCGUCCAGCAAGACCACGUCGUCAUUGCUUCAGCUGCAGGAGCAGCUCGACACAGCGGCGAAGGGCACCUACGUCGUUGGCCAGGACCUCGACACUGUCAGCAACCUCGUGGCGCGGCUCUCCGAUGCCAUCGAGCGGGAGAACGCCAUGGCGAGGUGGUGCGCGGAGAGAGCGGACGAGAGGAGCUCGGUGCUAGAGAUGGCGAACGAGCUCAGUCGUAGCUGCUCGAGCUCCAAGAGACUCACCAAUGAGCUGGAGGAGAACGUGUGCCUGUUCCUUGCCACCAUACAUAGGGCUAGAAAUUUGGUCAUCCAAGAGAUCUCCAAGAAAGCUUGA